AACGCGCUAACCCUAGACACCCAGGAAGUGACCGCAGCCGAGCCGAGGCAAAACAGAAACAAACUGCGUUUGUCGAGAGAGAAGAAGAACUGGAGGAAGACAAACGACCCGGAGAGAAGACACAUUCAGGGUUUAUAGGCAGUCAGGCUUCGCAGCCAUGGUUUUAACCAUGUCUACAUUCACAACCGGGAGACGGACACUGAGCUCCUCGGUGCUUUGUUGUGCCUUCGUGCUGUGUGUUAGCUUUGUUAGCCAGGGACGAUGCCAAACAACUCCACCACCGCCAACACCCUGCGCGCAGUUCAAGAACUGUGAUACAUGUGUGCCACAUGCCAGGUGCCUGUGGUGCUUCACCACCAACAACUGCACAGAGUACCCAGUGAGCUGGCUGCUGCCUCCAGCGUCAGUAUGCCAGUUGUCCCAGGCCCGUUGGGGAGUGUGUUGGCUGAACUUUGAAGCCCUGAUCAUUGCCAUGGCUGUCCUGGGUGGAACCAUCCUAAUUGCCAUCGUCGUGUGCUGCUGCUGCUGCUGUUGCUGCAAGAAGCGUCGAGCAGGGCCUGACAGAGAUGAGGAGAGAUUUGCCCGCAAGAGAGAGGAGAUCAAACAGCGAGCUGAGGAACGGAAAGUGGAGAGGAAGGCGAGGCACGAUGAGAUCCGCAGGAAGUACGGUCUGAUCGGUGAUGCGGACCACCCGUACAGCAAGUUUGAGAAUGAGUAAAGCAGCUGCACUGGAGUACUUCCACAGGCAGCGUGUUGAAGCUGCUCUUCACUUUGAGCUUGGAGUGAUGCCCGCUUCUCAGAUAAACAUCGACGCUGCACAAUAAUUCAGACAAAAAAAUCACCGAAUCCAAAUUUCUGCUCUGCCUUCUGAUCCCGGACAGGGACGCAGUGUUGUGUGUUUUAAAACUUCCUGCAGAGUUCUUUUGUCUUCUGAGAUUUCUUCAUUUAAGUUGUUUUAAAAUAUUGUAGUUUCAUAUCAGUCUUUGCACUUUGUACAUAUAGAUUUAUGAAAUACACAAUGAUUGUACUGCAGAUGUGUUCCAAUACAUGAAUAAAAAAAUCUUCUCUUUUAA